CAAAAUUACGCCGGAAAAGAAUGCUGCACUAAUUAUCCUCGCGAAAAAAACAGUGAACAUUCAUGGCGCUACCGUGAAUUCUGUUUACCAAGUACUGAGUGUAGCUGUGUAGCCAUGGGGAAGUCAUUUGCCAAUUUCAUGUGUAAAAAGGAUUUUCAUCCUGCUUCAAAAUCAAAUAUAAAGAAGGUAUGGAUUGCGGAGCAGAAGUUGACAUUCGAGAAGAAGAAGCAAGAGGAUCUGAUGCAAGCAUACCUGAAAGAACAGGACACUUACAACAACAGGUUGUUGAUGGGUGAUAAUCGUGUGAAGAAUGGCCUGAACUUUAUGUAUGAGGCACCACCAGGAGCCUCGAAAGAGGAGACAAAGGAGGAGGGGGAAUCUGAAUACAAAUUUGAGUGGCAAAAAGUUGCGCCACGAGAGAAGUAUGCAAAGGAUGACAUGAACAUCAGAGAUCAGCCUUUUGGAAUUCAGGUGCGCAAUGUGAGGUGCAUUAAGUGCCAUAAGUGGGGCCAUGUGAACACGGACAGGGAGUGCCCGCUUUUCGGCCUGUCUGGGAUCAACGCCAGCUCUGUGGCCACUGAGGGUCCAGGUCCGUCGAUGCACCCCUCCGAGCUAAUGGCCGAGAUGCGAAACAGUGGGUUCGCGCUGAAGCGGAGCGUGCUGGGAAGAAAUGCCACGGUGUGCGAUCCGGCCCAGGAUUAUGUCAUCAGUGAAGAGGAAGAGGACCCUGAAGUUGAGUUCCUGAAGUCUCUGACCACCAAACAAAAGCAGAAACUUCUGAGGAAACUGGAUCGCUUGGAGAAGAAAAACAAGAAGAAAAAGAGAAAGCAGAAGAAGAAAAAUAAGAAGAGCAAAGGCAAGCGCAAGGAGAAACGAGAGAGCAGCUCAGACAGCGACUCCUCCGACAGCAGCAGCGAUAGCUCAGCCUCCCACUGCAAACGCAAGGCCCUGCGGAGGAGGGAACCCGCCGGUGACCGUGGCACGGACAGCGAGUCUGACGCCGGGGAGGCGCGGGGAGACAGCGGGGAGAGGAGCACGCUCGACCCCAGGGGAAGGCGUCUGAGCCCAGAGCCAAGGAGAGGGCCCCAAGGCGGGCAGAGCAGGGACCGCCCCGGCCUGGGAACCCACGGACACAGGGCCGGGAGCCGCGGGAGAAACCGGGAAGGGAGCCGGAAAGGGAAGGAUACAGACGGAGAGAGAGAGCCGAAAGGAAAAGCGAGAGGCGGGAGUGAGGACAGGGAGAGGGGGAGGAGGGAGAAGAGCGGGAGCAGGGAUGGGCCAAGCAGGAGACGGGAGGAGAGUCCGAGCAAAGCGCGAGAGAAGGGGGAAAGAAGGAGGAGUAGAAGUCGGAGCAGGGAUCGGGAGAGGGGGAGGAAAGAGAGGAGUAGGAGCAGAGGCGGAGAGAGAAGAAGGGAGAACAGAAGUAGAGAUGGAGAGAAGGGGAAAAGGAGGAGGAGCAGAAGUCGGAGCUAAGAUGGACAGAGGGGGAGAAGAGAGAAGAGCAGGUGUGGGGAUGGAGAAAAAAGGAUUAAAUUAGAAAGAACCCACAGAUAGGAGGGAAAGAGGUAAAAGUGUCUAUUUGCAGAAACACCCUGGAACAAAAAAGACAGAUUGGUGGUGAAUAAAGAAUAAGACCCUGAACUGUGAAUUUAAAAGUACAUUUUAUAAAAAUGUCACCUGGGGGCUUUUGAACUUUAUUCUCCACGCUUUUCAAGAACUGGGAGAGUUUAAAUUUAAAUCAUUAAACCAUUACGGUAUGUUCAUUUGAUUUUCUUGUAAAUAAAACAUUUAAGUUUUUA